UCGGCGCACUACAUACGUCCCCCUCAUAACAUCUUGAACAAAGACGGAUGGGAUCAGAUUGAAAUACAAAGCAAAGCCCGGUCACGGAAGCCUUGCCUUCACUUCUGCUUCUCCCUUCGUGAUUAAACUAGAAAAAAAACAGGGGAUAAAUACAACUGUGGAUAGGAGGACGCAGAACUCCCGACGUUUUCCUUCACAACGCACCGUCAAUGUAGCGCCCUGUUUUAUUUGUUUCCAAGUGCUCGAUGAUCAAAGGAAUGCAAAUAGGGCUCUGAGAGCAUCGUCGCAACAUGCCCAUAAAAGUUAUGUAUCCCCUUGAUAUAAGAGCGCCGCGGCUGCCUGCUGCUCAGCCCAAUGAGCGCGGCGAGGGGCGGGUGUGAGGGAGCCUCCCAGCUCUGACAGCACCAGGCAGCCGUGCCGGGCUCCCAAUGCACACACAGGCGUCUUCUGGAGGCUGGCGAACCGCUAGGAAUCUCCUACAUCCCCCCCCCUUGCCUAACCUUUCUUUGCGGAAUUUUCUCUUUUGCUCUCUCCAAUUCUUUUUUAACUCCCAUCUAAAGGACAUGAAGUGAGCGCUGCCCAUUUAAAGGUAUAUCUCUCUUUUUUAAAGGCUUGCGAUGAUACAAACACCUGGAUGCAAGAGAGUAAGUAUAUCAAAAAAGAAGGAAAACUAACAGGUCUUGCAUGCUGACAAACCAAAAAACUGAUGGCCAGUGAGAAGAAUGUACCAUUUCCGCCACCUCUGGAGACUAACAUAGCACAGACGGGAUCUUCAGCACGCCAUGAACUCUAAGGUUGAGCUCAGACACGGAGAGAAGUAACCAGCUUGUCCACAGGAGAACUGCCCCUCUUUGGAAAUGACGCCGAAACGACUGGAGGAGAUGCGGACAGAUCUUUGGACUUCCAUGUUGCUCUUGUGGAUUAUAUGCGUUCCUUGUGCCUUCAUGAAUCCCUUGGUCAAUCGGUCAGAAAGUUUGGAUCAGACCGUAUCUGCAAUGGGCCUGCAUGGUCCUGCCGAAGGACACGGACCUCUAACUCGUGCCAAAAGGGGAUGGGUUUGGAAUCAAAUGUUUGUGCUGGAAGAGUUCUCUGGACCAGACCCAAUUCUUGUUGGCAGGUUGCACACAGAUUUGGAUAUCGGCAACAAAAACCUCAAGUACGUUCUGUCAGGUGAGGGUGCCGGCACCAUCUUCGCUAUUAACGAGAAGACGGGGGACAUCCACGCGAUGAAGAGGCUGGACCGUGAGGAGAAGGCGGAGUAUACACUGACGGCGCAGGUCAUCGACCGGGACACCAACGUGCCCCUCGAACCUCCCUCUGAAUUCAUCAUUAAGGUGCAGGACAUCAAUGACAACGCCCCCGAGUUCAAUAACGGCCCCUACCAAGCCACUGUUCCCGAAAUGUCCCAAGUGGGCACGUCCGUAACAAAGGUGACAGCUACAGACGCGGACGACCCAGUGUAUGGGAACAGCGCCAGGCUGGUCUACAGCAUCUUAGAGGGGCAGCCGUACUUCUCCAUCGAUCCUAACACAGCGGUUAUUAAAAUCGCGCUCCAAGGGAUGGAUCGAGAGAUGAGAGAAGAGUACCUGGUUGUCAUCCAAGCAAAGGAUAUGGGAGGUCACAUGGGAGGGUUGUCAGGGACAACCACCGUCACCAUCACGCUAACAGAUGUCAACGAUAACCCGCCAAAAUUUGCGAAAAGUCUGUAUGAGUUCGUGAUACCCGAGGACCUCAGCAUCGGCCAGCCUGGGGGAAAAGUGAAAGCAAACGACAGGGAUCUGGGGGAGAACGCCAAGUCAAGCUACAACAUUAUCAGUGGUGAUGAGAAGGACAUUUUCGAGAUCACCACGGAUUCUCAGACACAGGAAGGAAUCCUCCGAUUAAAGAAGCCGCUGGACUUCGAGACCAGAAAAUCCUAUUCCCUGAGGGUGGAGGCAACAAACGUGAACUUUGACCCUCAGUUCAGUACCGGGGUCCCUUUCAAGGACACGGCUACUGUCAAGAUCGCCGUAGAGGAUGCAGACGAACCUCCAGUGUUUGGUCAACCCAGCUACUUGGUAGAGGUGCAUGAAAAUACGGCCAUCAACACCGUCAUCGAGCAGGUGACGGCACACGAUCCAGAUGUGACCGGCAGUCUUGUCAGGUAUUUUAUCGACCGGCACACAGACCUCGAGAGACAGUUCAAUAUUAACGUGGACGACGGCAGGAUAACACUGGCCAAGCCUCUCGAUAGGGAGACUGAUAUGUGGCAUAAUAUUACAGUGACAGCUACAGAAGUCAGAAAUCACAGUCAGAUCUCCCGCGCCAUAGUCGGCAUUAAGGUGCUGGACAUAAACGACAACGCCCCGGAAUUUGCCGCGAACUACGAGACUUUCCUGUGUGAGAACGGAAAACCUGGCCAGGUUAUACAGACAAUCAGCGCUGUGGACAAGGACGACCCGAAGAACGGACACUUUUUCAUCUACAGCCUGGUGCCGGAAAUGCUUAACAACCCCAAUUUCACAAUAACAGACAACAAAGCAAACAACUCUAUCAACAUUCUAGCCAAGCACGACACCUUCCGGCGUCAGAAGCAGGAGAUGUACUUCUUGCCAAUCGUGGUCAGUGACAAUGGAAACCCCCCCAUGAGCAGCACCAACACGCUCACCAUCCGUGUGUGUGGCUGCAGCAAGGAGGGGGCCAUCCAGUCCUGCAACGUGGAGGCCUACGUUCUGCCCAUUGGACUCAGCAUGGGGGCACUUAUAGCUAUCCUAGCCUGCAUCAUCUUACUCCUAGUCAUCGUGGUGCUGUUCGUGACUCUCCGGAGGCACAAAAACGAGCCGCUGAUCAUCAAGGAUGACGAGGACGUGAGGGAGAACAUCAUCCGCUAUGACGACGAGGGCGGCGGCGAGGAGGAUACGGAGGCCUUCGACAUCGCCACCCUGCAGAAUCCAGACGGGAUAAACGGCUACCUUCCUCGGAAGGAUAUCAAGCCUGACUUGCAGUUUAUGCCGAGACAGGCCCAGCACUCUGGGCCAAACGGUGUGGACGUGGAUGAGUUUAUCAACGUGCGACUUCACGAGGCAGAUAAUGACCCCACGGCGCCCCCUUAUGACUCCAUCCAGAUCUACGGCUAUGAAGGGCGAGGCUCAGUAGCUGGGUCCCUCAGCUCUCUGGAGACAGCUUCCUCUGACUCAGAUCAGAACUAUGACUACCUCAGAGAGUGGGGUCCACGUUUCAGAAGACUCGGGGAGCUCUACUCAGUGGGUGAAAGUGAUAAGGAACCUUGACUAUGGACCCACUAAGAACGUUCAGUUUUGUCCACAUACUUGUGUAUAACGCUAGGGUUGCCAGAUAUUAGAAAACCCUGUCGAAGAGGAGGAGCGAGACACACUUUUUCAAUUCUUAGGAGAAAGCAUAGCGUUUGUCAUCAAGAGUACUGCAUCAAAUGCAUUGUGAUGUUGAGCAAACUAAACAAUGUCUAUUUUAGGAGGUCUAUGAUUCUUGUGGAGUGUGAAUUAGAUUCUGUCAAGUGUCUAGAAGUAUUUUGGGUAUUUGUCAUUCACUGUGACCGCCAGAAACUCCGGGAUCUCAGUUUCGUGAGAGACGCUUGAAGAACCAAGAGGGAAUCACCCCUGGAAGGAGUGCUGUCGCUUUGGACUGGUUGGGUGCUGGGCUGAUAAAGCCACAAUGUUCUGGUUGUAAUUGACCGGGUUUGCUACACUUAACCGUCAUCCAAUCAGAAAGAAAAUACAGCAGUAGAUUAAUGAGCAAAAAAAGCAAUAUAUGGUCUUCAUUGCAUUGCUGAAUGUAAGUAUGAUUAAAACGUACAUACCCAUCCCAAAAUUGGCAUUAAGAUUUAUUAGUUUUGAUUCCAAGAGGCUAAGACAAUAUGAACUGAAUAAGCCUGUUGGCUUACUUUCUAUGAUUCUUUAUAUCUACCUGUUUGAGGUUGGGUACACACUCAAAAAUAGUUAGCCUAAAACAAAUAACUGAGGAAAAAAGACACUUCUGAGAUAUACCGAGGCCUUUUUUAUAAAAGCAAGCUUCAUAUUCAAUUGUACUCAGAUGUUUUUGAAAAGGUCAUGUUGUUUCAUCAUUAUAGCUAGUAUACUUUUAUAUCAUCACUGGCUGUUUUGUGCUACUGAUAUUAAAUGGAUGUUAUUUAAGUUUCCUGUUUCCUUUCUCACCAAAUUAGCUGUUUUAUUAAUUCUAAACCAGAUGUUCAGAAAAUGACGUUUAAGCAAUUUUAGGCAGAUGUUAACGUGUGAAAACACAGACUGUAUAUUUUAGACAUACAGGUGAGUCAUUUCAACACAUACUUUGUAUAUAUAAACAGUUACCAAUAAUAGUUUAAGCACAAUAGCUUUGAUCUAGUUCAUGUGGAUAUUUGACCAUCGACCAUUCAAGUGAUUACAUUUAUAAAACUAGUUGAUUAAUUUAGUCCAUCAACCAAUAAAAAUGAAUAAAAAAAAACGAUUGCUUAUUGUGCUACAUUGUAUGAUAUUAGACAAGAUACAUGUACAUAGAAUUACGACUGACGUGGUUAGCUUUUCUUUGAGAUGAUGGGGUUUUGUCUAUGCACGUUAGCCCUUGCACAUGAGAUUCUGGAAAAGCGGCGUGCAUUCCCAAUUUGUACUGCAGUCGUUCGUAGACUCGGCAGCGUAUAUGAGGUAGUCUUAAAGGCGAAACAUAUUUUCUACUGUGCAUUAAUGCUUAUAAACUUGUAUGUUUAAUUAUUUACUCUAUGUAUUGUAAUCAAAGAUACCCCUGUAUUGUUUCCUACUUUGUGAAAUAUAUUUUUAUAAAUACUG